AUGUAUGUUGUUAAAUAUCUUGUUGAAACUACUAACUAUUCAAUUAAUGUUCAAAAUGGACAAGAUCUUGAAAAAAGUCUAUUAACACUAAGAUCAAUUUCAUUAAAAAAUACAGAUUUUAAUCUAUCAGCAGCUUCUUCUGCAUUACGUGGAACUUGUUUUAAUGGAUAUUUGAAUGUUGAACAUAGUGUUGACUAUUCAAUUAAAAAUCAAACUGAUGAAACACCUAUGAUGAAUGAACAAUAUCAUGCGCAUAUAACAGAAUUUUUUCGAAAUUUAAUUGUUUCAGAAUAUUCAACUAAUUUGAAUAUUUUUAGAGAAAAGAAACAAUACAUAGUUGAUUGUAUAUUGAAAUAUAAAUCAUUUCAUGAUAACAUAUGGUAUUCAUUUUCAGUUAUUGAAUCAAAUGAAUUACAUCAAUCAUUAAUAGUUAAAUCUGAUGAACAAUUUCAGUAUGAAAUUCUUCUUAAAGUAUUUACAGGUGUUUGUACUGUUUCAACAAUUGAAUUUUUACGUUCAGGCAGAAAUAGUAAUCCUGAAAAUAAUGUAGCAUGA